UGUUUCUUCCCCUUCAGCUCUCUCAGCGAUGGAGUCCAAUUUCUCACCACAAUCUUCGGCUCCAUUGCCCAAAUCUAGGGUUAGGGUUCUUUCAGUUAUGCGAUUCUCCUUCUUCUUCCUCUUCUUUCUCAAUUUCGCCGCCACAGCUUCCGCCUCUGUACCCCAAAUCCCAAAAUUCGAUGCCCUAUACUCCAAGCACUGCAAUUCCAUUGUCCCCAAAUCGGACACUGAUCCCUCCAAAUGGUUCGUCACCAACCUCUCCAUCGCCGACAUUGGCUUCGGGAACGGCUACUUCUCCGGCGGCGAUCAGCUUUUCGGUAACCUGAACGGCUUCAAUUACCUGAGGACUCUCUCCUUUUUUGCCAACGAGGUGCGUAAAACCCUAACCGAAGGGAUUUUCGAAGUCCGGGCAGUCCUGCGGCUUCGCGACUUCUACAAGGUAGGCGACGGCAACUCUACGCGCCGUAAUCUGCGGUUGGUUUAUCAUCCGAGAAACGCGUAUCGGAAGGGAAUGAUGAGCUUUAGGCUCAGUGGGUACUACUCAGAAUCUUCAAGGAAGCUUUGUAUGGUUGGAGAAGGUAUGCCACAACUUUUUGGGAAUCGUUUUGUCGCUGUUCUUAAGCUUAAUUAUCCGAAAAGUUCGAGUAUUUAUGAUAGUUUAAUCACUGGGAUUUUAGAGAGUUUGGAUGAGAAGAAGGAUCCGAAUUAUUUCGAAGCUCUUAACAUGUUGGCUUUAUAUCAGAGAACUAGCUAUGAAUAUAAGUUAGCUGGGAAAGAUAGUGAGAAUGGUUGUUUGCAGGGCGGUGAUGAUGGCGGAGAGAAUUUAAGUCUGAGAAAUCCGAAGCGGGGUGUGUGUAUGUUGAUUGGUAAUUUUCGCGAAACGUUUGAAUUGGAAUAUGGGAGUGAAUGUGGGGGUGUGAAUUGUGAUCCUGUUGGUGGGGAUGCUGGAAUUGCAUCUUCCUUGGUUUAUCAUGUAACUCGGUGUACAGAUGAGAGGAAUAUGCAGAUGUUGUUGGGUUUUUCGAACACUAGCGGUCAUAAUAUCAAAUUUCCCUUUGAUCCCAAAACAACUUUCAUUGCUGAAGGGGCAUGGAAUGAAAAGGAGAAUCGUCUUUGUGUUGUUGCGUGCCGGAUAUUGAAUUUUACAGAGUCUUUGACUAAUGCAUUUGUUGGAGAUUGCUCGACUAAAUUGACUUUGAGAUUCCCAGCAAGAUUGUCUUUAAGAAAUAGGUCUACUGUUGUGGGGCAAAUCUGGAGCAACAAAGAAGUGAAUGACUCGGGUUACUUUGGUAAAAUUGGGUUUCGCAGUUUGUCGGUAUUGAUGAAACUGUUAGAUUACAAAUAUGACUAUUCUGAGAACGAGUCUAUCAGAAAUACAUGUGCAGAAAAGAUGGCUGGGAGAGGCAAAGGAAAGAAAUACCCUGCAGAGUUUUCAUUGGACAUGAAAUUUGGCAUGACAGUGAGAAACAGUGAUGGACGCCAAGCAUAUGGUUAUUCAUCCCCUUUAUUUGUGGACGAUGAGCGAACUUUUGGACGCCGGUUUUGGGAUAACUUGCCGCAAACAGGCUCACCAAUGCAGCAGAAGAAAAAACAUACCCAUAGCAGUCCAAUGAACGUCAGCUAUAGGUUGUGGUUCGCUGAUUUUGAUUUUCGUCAUGAUGUUUUCCCAUCUAAAGCAGAACUAUCCGCUGAAGGAAUAUAUGAUAGGGAUUAUGGUAACCUAUGCAUGAUAGGAUGCAGGCGUGUACCAUUGAAAAAUCAGACAUUGAUUCAAAAGGACAUGUUAGACUGUGCUAUUAGAAUUAAUGUACAGUUUUCUCCGUUGGAUACAAAGAAUCGUGAAAAUGUCAAGGGAAGUAUUGAAAGCACUAGGGGAAAGUUAGACCCUCUCUUUUUUGAACCUAUUCAGUUUUCAUCGAACUCAAUUUACUAUAACCAAGCUGCAGCAUCCAUUUCAAGAAUCGACUUGGAAAUCAUUAUGGUUCUCAUUUCCAACACCCUCGCAUGUGUCCUUAUCGGAUUGCAGCUCCUGCACGUGAAGAAGCACCCAGAUGUUCUCCCAUUCAUUUCAAUUGUGAUGCUUAUUGUUCUUACUCUGGGAUAUGUGAUUCCGCUUCUGGUCAACUUUGAAGCAAUGUUUGUGCCAAGCCACGGCAUCAUCCAGCGGGAUACUUUUCUUGGCACUGGUGGAUGGCUUCAAGUGAAUGAAGUAAUAGUCAGGAUGUUAAUGAUGGUAGCUCUGCUUUUGCUGCUACGUCUUCUCCAAUUGACGUGGUCCGCAAGACAAGGCGAUGGAAACCAGAAGAGCUUGAGAGAUUCUGAGAGGAAGGUUCUUUAUGCAACUCUACCAUUGUAUAUAGCUGGCGGACUGAUAGUUUGGUUUGUGUACACCUACCUGAAAUCACACAGGCCUUUUCUAAGAGUCCGCAAUCCCCGGCACCACCACAGGAUGGCUUACCGAGUGUCUAGUCUCCACCAUCUGGCUUACGACAACCACUCUCUCAGGGAGGACCUCAGCUCUUACGCCGGCUUUGUCCUGGAUGGUUUUCUGCUCCCUCAGAUAUUGUUCAACUUAUUCUUCAAUUCAAGAGAAAAGACUCUGGCCUCCGCCUUUUACUUCGGAACCACCAUAAUCCGUCUGCUGCCUCAUGCAUAUGAUCUAUACAGGGCUCGGACCGGUACAUGGUUCCUUGAACUUCCGAAUAUUUAUGCAAAUCACAGAAUGGACUUUUACUCCACUGCCUGGAACAUCAUCAUCCCCUGCGGCGGUAUGCUGUUCGCUGCCGUUGUCUUCCUGCAGCAGAGAUUCGGCGGGCGUUGCAUUCUUCCUAAAAGAUUUAGAGAGAGUUCUGCUGUAUAUGAGAUAGUUCCUGUCAUCAGCAAUGAGCAACUGUGAAGGACAUAAAUUUACCUAAGAAAUGAUUUUUUUUA